GAGCGUGAAGGCUGCACGGACACCGGGACCUGGCGCACAGCCACUUCUCCGUCACAACGAUCCACUCGGUCACCCUCUCUCUCUGGACUGAUGAAUUCGAUGCUGAGGAUGGUGUGGCUUGCAGUGGCUCAGUGAAGACUCUUGAAGCAGGUGCAGUGGGAGGAUGAUCAGGAAUGGUUCUGUGGGUCCAGAACCACACGUUUGAGCUCCACACCUUCACCGUCUGAGGAGAACCUCGGUAGUGUGGGUCCAGCUUCAGCUCCCGCCUGUGUUUCGCAGCCCCCUCAGGCCGAGCCGUUAACCCCUUGAGACUCAACCCCCAGGUCUCAUUCUGGCCGGCACCAUUCCAGCCAAGGUGGAGGAGGACUUCCUCACGCUGGCCGCCGCGCGUUUCAGUCGCAGGAAACGCGUGAUCGGCGCGGCUGUGGGGGUAGCCAUGGUUCUGAUUCUGCUGGUGGCCAUCCCGCUGCUGGUCCACACCACCAAGGGCGGCGCUGGUGGAAGCACGGGCCACUACGAGAUGCUGGGGAGUUGCAGGAUGGUGUGUGACCCCUACAUGACCUCUCAGCCAGGCCAGGCGGUGAGCGCAGUUUCCCCUCCGCCUCAAGAUUACUCUGGGAGGAAGAUGAAGUCUGGAGUUCGCGGACCUCCAGGGAUGCCAGGCCCUCCAGGUGCACGGGGACCUCCUGGAGAGCCAGGCAAACCUGGGCCACAAGGCCCCCCUGGACCCGGACCAGGCGGCUACUCCCCGUCCAUCUACACUCCCAAAAUAGCAUUCUAUGCAGGUCUACGGAAGCAGCACGAAGGAAAUGAGGUCUUGAAGUUUGACGACGUAGUCACCAACGUGGGGAACUACUACGAGCCCAGCACGGGCAAGUUCACCUGCCCACUGCCGGGAAUCUACUUCUUCACCUACCAUGUCCUCAUGAGGGGCGGCGAUGGGACCAGCAUGUGGGCCGACCUGAAGAAGAACGGACUGGUCCGAGCCAGCGCCAUCGCUCAGGACGCCGACCAGAACUACGACUACGCCUCCAACAGCGUGAUCCUUCACCUGGACGUCGGCGACGAGGUGUGCGUGCAGCUGGACGGAGGGAAAGUCCACGGCGGGAACACCAACAAGUACAGCACCUUUUCCGGGUUCCUCAUCUACCCGGACUGACCCCGGAGCCACCGCAUCGCAGAGGAACCACACCACAACAAAGCAGCAUCAACUCAAGAGACGACGCAGAAGUGAACCAACCAGCGGGUCCGGUAGCUACCCAGCAGCAUGCAGGCGAGAACCCUCCGGUGAAGAACUGAAGGUGCCGUCCAAGAGGCAUCGCAUGAGAAACCGCCUACCCCAAGUCUCACCUCAUCAUGUGAACGCCCCGCUCUGAGGCUCACCUGGAGAAGACAAUGUUCUUCUGCCCAGGGGCCCCACAAAGGGCCAUCACACAGGACCAACACAUUUGCGCAGUUACUCAUGGAUGCGAGGUAACUCAUCUCCCACUGUUCAC